CAUCACGAACAUUUUAUGCUCAUUAACACCAACUAUGCAGAGGCUCUGCACCAGGCUUCGCUCUUUAACCCUACAAACUCUUUCCUCUUCCUCCUCCUCCUCCUCUCGUCGCCUCCUCCACUCUUCUUCACUCAUUCGCCGUCCCGUCUCUUUUCCCUCUUCAACCAAAUGGAGCUUCAAUUACUCUCCUUCACUGUCAAUCCGUUCUACUCCUCUCCCUUCCUUGUACUCUUCGCAAUUGCCUCUCUCUUUGGUUCAAGUGCGCCGCGUGUCAUCGAGGGAGCGGAAAAAGAAGAGGAAGCCAAUGACUCCGGUUACAUCCAAAGUCAAGAAAGUUAAAAUGAAGUUUUAUUCGUCGUACAAGUCCAGGUUUAGGCCAUUGAGUGAUGGGACUAUUCGUUGCUGGCAUGAGGGCAAAAAUCACAAUGCACACGGGAAGUCAAAAAAAUCAAAAAGGAGACUCAGACAACCGUCAUUAGUCCCUGCAGGUUUUGCGAAGGUGAUGAAGAAACUGGGUUUUUGUGCUUAAGUCUCUGCGACUCAACCAUAUGUUCUUCAGAUGUGUUUGCCUCAUUUUUUCUCCAAUGUGCUCCAACUUUUUACGGUCAAGACCUGUUCUUGGAACAUGACUAAUUUUGUAGUCGAAAGAUCGCAUUUUAGAUGGCGUUGUUGAACAAAGCAAAUCUUCAUUCAAUUGUGAGACUGUUUUGGACAAGUAACGUUUGAUACUACCAAUGUCAUGAGUUAUUUUUAAUGGAUUUUUUUUUUCAGUA